AGGACAGCGGUGAGAUGUUUGCUGUCUGCCCAGCAAACGCCCCGUUCCGGCAGGGCCGGGGGGGCCCAGCGCUGGGCACGGCCCUCCCCGGGGCGGGACAUGGGCCAGACUCCAACUCCAACUUCGUGGGAGAGGUGUGUGACAGCAACGAGAACUGGAGCCAAGCAGAGGAGGGCUCCAGCCGGAGCGAAAACACCGCAAAUCCGUCUGAUAAUCUGCUGUUAUUAAUGCAGAGACAGAUGGUCCAGGGCCGGCUCAGGGACACCGCCCAGGGCCUGGGCGACACGCACCCCGAGCAGGGGGUGCGCAGCCCCCCCGAGGGAGCGGAGGUCAGCGGGGCAGGGGGACAGAGCCCUGCUGAGGAGGCAGCCAGGGGGUGUGCGAAGCCCCCGAGCUCCCCUGCAGAGGACAACGGCUACGCCAGCAGCUCCCUCAGCAUCGACAGCCCCGACAGCACCUGCAGCACCACCUGGGACCCUCCCGCCUCUGCCCCCCGAGCCGAGAGCCCCCCUGAGCUGGGGAGCCUCUUCCCGGCGCUGGCAGAGGCCGUGCAGCACCUCCAGGACAAGGAGCGCUUCAAGGAGCAGGAGAAGGAGAAGCACCACAUCCAGCUGGUGAUGUACCGGCGCCUGGCCCUGCUGCGCUGGAUCCACGGCCUGCAGCAGAGAGUGGUGGACCAGCAGAACCGGCUGCAGGAGAGUUUCGACACCAUCCUGGAUAACCGCAAGGAGCUCAUCCGCUGCAUGCAGCAGGGCCCAGCCUGCGUCGCUGCCGCGGCUGCUCCCGGGCCCUGAGGCGCCACCGGCGCAGCCCAGCCCAGCCCUCACCCUCCGGAUGGUGUGGUGUUGGCUGGUGGCAUCCCCAUCCUGUGCCAAGCGCUCACCACGGCCCUGGGUGCCCACCCUGCCCUUCCCAGAGCUCUCCAACACAUCCAAGAGUCCCCGAAGAGUUAAUCUCCAUCUUCCAUUUGUUUGGUCCUGCAGCCAGGUCUGGGGUGGCACUGGGCUGGGCCCACCUCAGGACCAUGGGGUUUGCUGAGCCUGAGGUGACCAGGCUCAUCUUUAAACCUGCUCUAGGCCAUUGUUGAGCCUGGCUUAGCCAGCCAGUGCCAGGAUGGCCGUGCUGGAGCUGCCAGCAGUGAUGGCCCCAGGGCAGUGAAGCUUCUAAACCUCCCUGGGCAAAGCACUUCCAGCACGUGCUGCAUGCCCACAUCCCUCCUGCACCAGUGCAUCCCUGCAGCCACAGCCCAGCCCCUGGUAAAGGUGGCUUGUUGGUGAGAGUGAGGUGUCCUGGGCUGUGAGAGAGAAAAAAAAUCAUUCUGAAAAGUGACCUCAGAAUGCUGGAAAGUAAAUUUAAGUCAAAUGAUCCAACACAAUAUAUGUUUUUAAUGGCAGUAUUAGAGAAAAGUUAAUUUAGGUCUGUGUGUAUGUGCAUGUCUGUCUGCUGUGGGUGAUGCUCUCAGUGCAUGAUCCCAAAGCUGCUCAUGAACUUGUGGUGUUGGUGUUUAUAUUAAUUUAUCAUUUGGGAACAAAAAUAUAUUUUUUUUUUGAAUCGGCAUUUUAUCCAGUGAGAGCUGUACACAGAACCCAAAGAACAAUUGUCUUACCUAGAGAUGGAAGAGGAGCUGCUGUGUGUUUGCUGUGCUUUGCUGUGUAUCCACAGGACACGCAUUCCAUUUAAGUUGUGACGUGGAGGAGCAGCAGUGGGCAGUGAGGGCUCAGCCAGAGGGGUCUGCACUCCCCAUCCUGCCCCCCUUGCCAAGCAAAGCCAGGCACUGAUUCCAUUUCUCACCUGCAAAGGAGGGUGGUGAGGGAUUCCAGAGAUUCCUCCCAGCCAAACUGCUUCCUGCCAUCCGAGGAGCUGCUUCACCAGGACCCCAGCGGGCAGCAGAACCUGGCGGGAUCCUGGCACCCACCAGAUGCUCCUGCACUGUGGAUAAACAACUGUGGCCAAGCCCACCAGUGCCCCACGGGCCAGGGGCAGCACCAGCCUCCUCCUGCCCCAUGUGGGGCACAGCCGGGCUCUGCUCCCCCUGGGGCUGCUGCCAGUGCCACAAAAAUCCUCUUCCAAAAAGGACAUCUUAGUGGUAAAGGGUGCACUCAGCUCAAAGCAACCUGUGCCAGUGCUGGAGGAUUCUGGCAGCUUCCUGCAAGGCUCGUGCUGCCCUCCCCUCCCUUCUGCUCGCUCGUGUCCGGCGUCUGCUGCCUCUGUCGUAUCCCAGACCUGUUAACACCUUAAUAAAAGCCUUGGAGCUGAAGGAGCCGA